CAGCGCGAAAGAUCAAUGAGAAAUUUUGGAACCUGGAUCAAGUCAACAUUCGUCUCCUCCACCAAUUAAUGAAUGGAGCGAGUUACAACGCGGCGAGUACGAGCGGCCACGAGGACAGCCAAGGAAGAAUUUUUAGCGAUCAUCGUUGCACGGAAACGAAGAGAAAAUAACGUUUACUUGUAAAAAUCACAAGGCAAGGUGAUCGAAAGAAGCUAUCGUCGAUCGUCGAUAGUAUUGGUUGGCAAACCGAUGAAACGUCAACGCGUCGUAUUGUCGGUCGAAUAAACUCCAAUACUAUAUACAGUCCCGGUUUCGCCGACAAAAUACGAUCGGCAAUAACGAGGUCGCUGCAUCGUGUCGAUACGAUAGAUCGACCGGAGGGAAGCCGCUACCGAUCUCACUCGGGGGAGGAGAGACGCGCGGGGAACCCCGUCGCCACUCGCGACGACUUGGCGUUUAGGCGCCAAUGACGUCACCGGACGAGUGAGGCCGCUGUCGGGGGAAUUCGCGGUCGGAGUUUCUCGCCGCGGUGCGUUUACGCACCGACACGACACGACACAACACGCUCGAAGUUACCGCGAUCGCCGACGAUGAUAGUCGCGGUGUGUAAUGGUAGUGGUGGAGACCACGCGGUAGUCGCGGUGUGACGGUGUGCAGUUUGCUCGUGUCGUGCUCACGGUGGGGGUAAGGAGAUCCUGUGGAAUCGCGCUGCGCGGUGGCCGAUUACACUUUUCUACGUAUGUCGCUCGUCGACGGACUCGACAACGGGCAAUGACUAACCGCGCGCGGCCGAGUGCAUUAGCGAGAGAUACUCGCCGUCGACACGGAGUCGAUCCGGAGCUGUCACUCGCCUUCGUUGUCGCCGCCGCCGACGCCGCCGGUCUACGUCAGCACCGGUCAGACGUGAUUUGCAUAGCAAACAGAUUGUCGCGCUCGUACCUAGUAAGUGGAUAAUGAGAAGAGGAGAAGUCGCUGGCGCUCUUUCUCUCUUCUCAUGUGUAGCGCGAGAACUCGCGAGCGAUCUUGCGCGCGGAUCCGUAUGUGGGUGAGUGUGUGAAUAUCUCUUCGUACAUACGACUGGUUCGCGGUACCAGGAGGAGGGAGAGAUAGAGGAUACGACGCGAACGAGGCAAGUGUGGAGCUUAAAAUAGAAGAAUGACUUCGGCUUAAGUACGUGGCGGGAGGACAAGCGAGUAAAACGAAUCGAAGGAAGGAGAGGGUGAAUGUUGUUCGCUUCUUCCCCGCGCCUCCGCUUUUCUGUGAUACGUUUAAAUUCUACGUUUCUUCGCGCGGGUAAACGAGGGAACAACGGGGUUCGAGAGAGAAGGACGAGAGUAUAUAUAAAUCUGUAUAUACACGUACACACAUAAUAUAUACAUCUCGUGGAGUGUGUGUUCUGUAUGUGUGAUAAUAUCUACAGUGCAUAUUGUAGUGGUGAAACGCAAGAGAGGGUAUAUAUCGUGCCUCUCGCGCAACUUUAUUUUUUUCGCCCUUGCCGUCAGAAAAGGAGAGAAUUCGCCGCGAUCCUCAAACACAGGCAGGAGAGAUCGCGCCAAGCGCGGAACGCUCGCCCCGGAGUGGAGAGGCGUCGUCUCGCUCUCUGUCCCACGCGAUGGAUCGUGACUCGCGUUCGUAUUCCUGCGGAGGCUGCGAGAGGACCGCCGCCGAGGGCCGAGCUAUGCCGAUGGAGUAACAAGUGAGCGGCGAAGCGGCGUUGCCAUGACGACAGAGACCCACACUGUGGCGAUGACAGACCCACAGCUGACCAACAACAACAAUAAUAACAACAAUAACAAUAACAAUAACAACGAUGGCGAGCCAAAAUACCUGCACAAGAAGUUCAAGAAGAUGGCGACGACCGAAAUCGCGCCGAAGGUCGUCGAGCCUAGGAAGGAGACCACGGCGAACAACAUCGUUCCUGCCGAGACGCCCAAACGGAAGGACAUCGACAAGGACGGUAAGGAGUCAUCGAAAGAAUCCGGCCACAAACUCGAGGUUUCCUCGGAACCCGAAGGAACCGAACCCGCCGAGUCUCGGAAAAGCGGCCAUACGUGCCCUUAUUGCAAGCUGACAUGCGCCAAACCGAGUGUUCUUCAGAAGCACAUCAGGGCGCAUACGAACGAGCGACCGUACCCGUGCAAGCCGUGCGGAUUUGCUUUCAAGACCAAAUCAAAUCUGUACAAGCACUGCAGGUCACGCUCUCACGCGCACAAGAUGGAAAAGGGCGACAAGAUGUCUGAAGAUUCCGAUAUAAGUCUGUCGGACAGCGCCAGUAAUGGUACAGGCACACCACCUCCGCCUCCCGUUUCGACGCCCACGACGACAACGGCAACAGUAUCCACCGCUACUGUGAAGAGUGUGAAAACCGGCAAGAUAUACAAGCCGAAGUUUCAAGCUCGAACGACUUUACAAUGCGUCAACAGCGACACGGAAACGUCUUCCUUAUCGCCCAGUUCUUCCAGUAGUUCCUCCUCUUUCUCCUCUAUGACUACUUCCGCUUCCAAUUCCGUCAAGCCGAACGCGGAACAGUUGCAAGAGCAUAUUGACAAGAUCAUCACGGACAAUCAGGCGAUUGUCGAUGCAGUAGACCCACGUCUACAUAAGCUAAUGCAGCGCCAACAGAGUCUGGUGGAGAUGAAACAAUCGUACGAGCAACAACCGUUGAACUUGUCUUCCACAGAGGAAACCUUGAAUAGCAGAAAGCGUUGCUACAGCGACAGCUGUGCUCAGGAAGCAAAAGAAAGCGCACACAAUUCUGAAAGUUCGAUCAUCAAAGAUCUCCUCCUGAAAACUCGUGAUUUUGCCAAUGGAUCAAUACCAGAGAUUACUCUGGAAAAUUUCAUCUGUCCCACUUGCCAUAUCCCCUACACCAGCAUAGUACCCUACACCAGCAUAGACAACCUAGAGGCUCAUCGUAAAUAUUACUGCAAGGGUAGUCCACGAAGAGGAACGGACUAUCAGGUAGAGCUGGAGAAACGAGAUUCUGACUUUGAUUCCAAGUCUUCCGAUUACUACGGCAUUUUGCAGCCUUUACCAUCGCCGGGCCCUCUACUGGGUAAUACUAGGCUGGUCGACGCAUAUGCUCCACCCAUCAAGAAGCAGAGAACGGAGUCUGUGCCAACCAGUUUGAGGUCGCUGGAGGAACUGAGUAAGUAUCCACGUCCGAACUCGCUACAGAUGUUCGGCGGUGAGGUGAGAAUCCUUGACAACACGGGCGAGGUAACGAAAACAAUGCGGAUCGAGCCGCGACAGACCAGCUCGCCCCCGAGCGACCACGUAAUCAAUGCUAACUGCGUGACUUCGGAGAUGGCGUCGAUAGUAGUGAGGUCGGGACUUCAUUCCGGUGGUACCAUGCUACACAAAACGUCGAGCAUACCGGCCAGUACGCCCAGUCCCUCCAUAUCCCUAUCCAACACGUCGAAGAUGGCAUCAUCCAUUAUACCGAACAUAUCAACUCCCAAUAUAGCGCCUAACAUGUCUUGCUACAAUUAUUUAGAGCCGCAUCUCAAUCCGCUGACGAGUAUCACUGCCUACAAUCCGUUGACUUUGCCGCAAACGGGCAUCACGAGCAUUCUCCACGGUGACAAGGUGAUACGUUAUGUACCCGGCAUUCCCGGACCGCAUACGCUGACCGGUACGCCAACCAUAGACAUAUCUCCGAAUAUAACGGCCGGCGAAGCCGGUUAUAAGGUGAUACCGGGUUUACCGGGCUUACACAUGGUACAGCAGCCGUUAGACUUGGCCAAUCCUGUGAGGUUGCAACCCAGUACAGUACAGUCCGGCAUGCCGGAUCCAUUGUCUGGACAUGCUUCUUCCAUAUUGGACCAACCUCUGGACCUGGCCAGUCCGGCGAAGGAGCCGGCAAAAAUCAGCUUUAAAACUCCCAGCGUCGACAGUUUGAAGAGCGUUUUAAUGAGCGGUUUAAUCAGUCCUAAAGUUCCUAGCGUCAAGGUCGAGACCUCGACGGACAAGCAUCGCGCGAGAAUAAUGACAAUGCCCAUUAAUAAAACGGAGCUAGAUCGUCAUAUCAAGAAUAAUGUGACCGUGAAGUAUAAGGCUAUGGAGAAUCCGCGAGAGAGAAGGGACUUCACAUACGAUAAGAGCCCGAAGCUAGACAAAACUUUUAGUUAUCCGAACGGCGUUGACCCCGCAACUUCGUCGAGUUCUUACAGUAAGCUAAAAUACACGACUAAGGUCAUUUCGGAAAACAAAAAGAAGCUUUCCAAUUGGAGCGUCAAUGAGAUAGAUGUUGGCAGAGUAGCAUCGGUAGAGACGAAUAUUGCGAUCUCUAAAUACGAUCUACAAUCUCACGAGAAUGGUCGAUUAAAGAGCAGCAUCCCUUCGGAUAUACGUGGAUCCAAGGUCGUGGAUAGUUACAUAUUCAACGGGGCCAAAGUAAAGGCCGACAACGCGCCGUCGGUGAUACUUGUGAAUUUAGAUUCUUCCAAAACAGAAGUGCCAACGAAAACUUCCACAGAAUUAGUUGUUAAGGACAAACAGCCCGAGGCCAAAUCGCCAAAGAGCGGCGGCGAUGUCGCUAAGGAAGCAACUAACGCCAACAAAUUCUUGAGACCUACAUCCUUGCCGCUGAAGCCCGGCACUUUCACGCCGAAAAAGCAUCAUGGGAUUACACCUACGGAUAACACACUUCCUCUCAUCAGCCCGGAGACACCUCGACCGAAAAAGUCAUACGGACAAUUAUAUUUGAACGGACACGCCUACACAUAUCUAGGACUAAAGUGUUCCACCAGAGUGUUCUACUGCACUCUGAAUCGACCGCAGCCGAUGUACGUUACGCAGCAGCACGGUCUAUCGAUGUACUCUAACUGGAAAAGUAAGGAGGCACCUAUAGAAGUGGACAUGGCGCACUACGAUUCUCGGCACAGGCCUCUGAAUUAUACCACUGCGUGGAAGAAGCAAGAAGAUAUUCUGACGCACUCCUCGCAAAGACCAACCACUCCCAAUAGUCCAGACAGCGGAUUGGAGAGUGAUAUGCAGGAGAAAGCGAAGAGAGUGAAAAUAUUUGAUGGAGGCUUCGAGAGUAAUGAGGAUUACACCUAUGUACGCGGAAGAGGUCGAGGACGCUACGUCUGCGAGGAAUGUGGUAUUCGUUGUAAGAAACCGUCUAUGCUAAAGAAACAUAUCAGAACACAUACAGAUGUUAGACCAUACACCUGCAAGCACUGUACAUUUAGUUUCAAAACGAAAGGCAACCUCACGAAGCAUAUGAAAUCUAAGGCUCAUUACAAGAAGUGCGUGGAGUUUGGCGUGGUACCGGUUCCUACGACCGUCUGCGACGAGAAUAUUGACAAGGAGGCCAUUGCGCGAUUAGCGGCCGGUGGUGGUAAUACGGAAGAAUCCUCGGAAGAGGAAGAUGAUAGCGAUGGCGAGGAGAGCGAAGAGUCUGGUAGCGAAGAGCAAGAAGCGGCGCAAAGUCUACUGAGUCUUUCGCAACAUAACGGGACGAACAGAUUGCCAGGUUUACUGCCAUCGGGCAGACCUACGACAUAUCCAUAUGCGCUAACCCUACCGACGACUUCCACGAUAGAUAUUGUAUCUACCGCAACGAGUACAUCGAUCGUGAGCAGCCAAAGUAUUGCCGCGCAAGAAACGGCUCUAAUACAAAACGAAUUAUCGCACCGUUACUAUUUCCCAUCGAGCCGCGACGCUACGGAAGAGACGAGGAUCAGUGUCAUUCAGUCAUCGAAGAAAGAUGAUUCUGACUUGGAGAUCGAGGAGAUUACCGAUGUCACAGAGUCGCGUCAUCAACUUUCGCAGCCCAUGGAUCUCACGACGAAGCAGACGGCUCAACUGUUGCUCUCGCCAAUUUCGCAAAGAGCUAGACCAGCAGAUAUACUGACUCCCGUUUCAGAACCGGUUCUAUUGCAGACAAUAGUUCAGACGAUGGAGCGGUUGCCUAUACAGGGUAGAGAAUGGAAACCGAACGCGGAAGGUCACAUGUUGCAGGCGUAUCUUACAGAGAGACAUAUGAUGGACAGUAAAAUGAAACAGCAGUAUCGCGUGGGAAACACCAAAUUGGACAACAAACAAAUACAAGAAAGAGAUAUUUAUCCACGGCAUCAGGAUCUCAGUAGAUCCAGGCACAUGGAUUCCAACGGCAUUCCGUCAGUGACGUACACCGAUCCCAGUAAAAUGCAACAUACUAUUAUGGAGUCUAGAAUUAAGCAUAUGACAAAGCACACUAGUGACGACAUUAAGAUGGAAAUCAGGGAGAAAAUUUAUCUCAACAAUAUGGCAAUGGAAAGACGAAUGUUCGACUACGAGACUAUUCACAAGGAUAAAGAACAAUCUAAUCGUUCGGUUUCUGAUCGUGAAAAUUUUGAGCUUGGUCUAACUAAUGGUCCCACUGGUACAAGGCCAAGUAUCGAAUAUGGUCUACCUAUGAGCAAGACUAAUAGCUCGAUGGAGAGAUCAAUUUGUUCUACUGCAUCUAUCCGCAGCACGCCCAGUAUCGACUGCCAUUCACCGAAAUCUUUGAAUAUAGAUAACCGGCCACCGUUGAUGCAACACUCGAGCAAUGAGAUUGAUAGAAGUUCCAUGUUCAACGCGAUGAAGAUGAUGAGUGAGGUAGAAAGGUCUAGGGAAUGUCAUACUGUCAAUCAGGAAAUGAGGUCUGCGAAUCAUGAGAUGAGACUCACGACUACUGAUAGUCGAAUGCAGAGUCCACGGAAUCUCGAUCUAAGACCGCCCAGCAGAGAGAUCAGAACGCCCGGUCAAGAAUACAGAAUGCAGAAUCACGAGCUGAGGCUACCGAGUCAACAAGAAUACAAAAUGCGCGGUCAAGAGAUGAGAUCGCCUAGUCGCGAGUACAAGCCAUCGUUCGCUCACGAUAUACAAGUCAUCCAGGAGCUUAUGCCGUCGACAAACAUGGAACUGCGGCAAACAAAUUCAGAUAAUAGACCGUCGAGCAAUGAGAUGAGAGCUCUUUUGGAAUAUAGAGCGCAGCCUCAAGAUCCCCGUGCCGGCUACGAGAUAAUGCAGUCGCCUAUGCACGAGCCGUCCAAGUCGCAAAACGUCGACGCGAGAAAUACAUCGCCGCAGGAAGCACAAAUCAUCUAUUACGAUGCGAAACAGAACGCGGAUACCGUUAAACAAAAUACACCCGACAGUAUGAAGCGAGCAGUAGCCAGAAAGAUAGUCGUCGGCGGCCCAGAUUUUCGAUCGCCAUCACCGAAUACAGGAAAUCCGAAACCGCAAGCAGAAUUUUUACAACCAUCGAGUGGGCCAGCGCCUAAUUACGUUAGUUUGACAGAGGAUGGUAGGAGUAUAUGUGGAAUUUGUAAUAAGGUGUUCAACAGGCCUAGUCAGUUACGGUUGCAUAUCAAUAUUCAUUAUUUUGAGCGGCCAUUCAGAUGCGAAAGUUGUGCAGUUUCCUUUCGGACUAAAGGCCAUUUAACGAAACACGAGAGAUCCGUUUCUCAUCAUAACAAGGUCAGUAUGACUUCCACAUUUGGUGCAGCGACUAGCAGCAAUCCCAGGCCUUUCAAAUGUACAGAUUGUAAGAUAGCGUUCAGAAUACACGGACAUUUGGCCAAGCAUCUUCGUAGCAAGAUGCACAUUAUGAAGUUAGAAUGUUUGGGCAAAUUACCAUUUGGAACAUUUGCAGAAAUGGAACGAUCUGGUGUCAAUUUGAAUGACAUCGACACGACAGACUGUGAUAAUAGUCUUAAUAGUCUGCAGAUAUUGGCUCAGAGAUUAUGCGGGAAGGAUCCUGCUAAAAUUGUGCAAUGGGAUUCGGAAACUCUGCCCGGGCCGAUUGUGAGCGGUGGCGAAACUUCGUCAGAUGAAGGUGAACCUAUACCGCAGCAUGCACUUCACGCACAAUAUGUAAAAACGACGACGGAUGCGGACGUUUCCCGAUCAUAUCAUGUGCCAAUCAUUACCGAAGAAUCGAAAGCCAUUAACGAUGCUCGUCUACGCAGUCCUCAGUUUAAUCAGCAGAGGCGCGAUUAUGCUGUUAAAGAACAUCGAACAAUACCGGCCGUCGUUUCGAUGGAAGACACGAGGGCAGAAGAAAAUUUACAAUCAUACAAGUGCCAAGUUUGCUCUGUAUCUAUGCGUACCAUAAACGAAUUACAGGUACACCGUUUUGUUGAACAUAAUAUUGAAACAGAUUCUAGUACAAAUAUCCAUGGAGAUAGGAGUGCGGGUAAAUGUAGUAGGGAAAAAGAGAAUACUCAGAAAAGAAUCGCAGAGGAAUCUGCAGUGAAGGAAGAUCACAUUAGGCAAAGACUAGAAGAUACAUAGUGCCAAAAUGAUAUAGCGUGCUAAAGAAUUUGUUUGGAUGGUGUCUGCAAUGUUACACACUUCGAACACUCGGUUUUAAGAUAAUGUAUCUUAUAGAAAACGCAUCACAGAUAUCUUACAGAGAAAAGUCUCGCGCGGUACAUCCUAAAAAAAAAUAUCUCAAUAAGUAGUACAAUGUUUUAUGUUCUUGGGGAGAAAGAUUUCUUAAAAAUUAACAUAUUAACGCAUGUUGAACGCUUGCAAAGAUUUAAAUAAAUCGCGCGUUGUUUGUAAUAAAGAAUUGCGUGUUAUAAAUUUGCAAUUUGACGUUGCCGGAGUAUUUCACAAAUUUCUGAGGAUUUUACAAAAUUUAUCAGAGAAGUAUAAAAGAUAUGGUAAAAAUGUCGUAAAAAUGUUAAACAAACAACAUAAAUUAAAAAGUACUGUCUUGAUCAUGUUUCUUCUACUAUAGAUAUCGGUUCACUUAUAUUGCAAACAGUCCUAACGCGACAUAAUCGCUUGUACAGUCCUCCUAUAAGACUACAUUCUUUCCCAUAAAAUCGGCAUGAUAUAAUGCGUAAGUAAAAUUUAAAAAAAAACGUAGCUCGAGAGAGAGAGAGAGAGAGAGAGAGAGAGAGAGUAUUUGAUAAUAAUUAUAAUAUUUAUACACAAUAGUAUCUCUUGUAGCGAGCAUGACGUGCAAUGAACUAGCAUGUGAUUCUGUAUUUAAAGUGCAAAUGUUGCUUUCAACAUGUUGAAGAGUAUUCUAAUAUUACACUUUAAAUUGAUAUAAAGCUUAUAUACAUAUAUACCAUAUAUUAUAUAUAUAUUUGUAUGAUAUUAGUACGCGAACAACUAUGAGAGUUAUUGUUGACAUAAGAUGAAAUGCGUGUUUGUAUAUAUUUAUGUAUAAUAUAAUGUGAGAAAUCAUGUUUUUUAGUCUCUAUUAUAGUUUUAAGAAAAAUCAGAAAUCAGAAAUUGUAUCGGUUGCUCAGAUUACUUAUACAUUUACAAGCACUUUUAUUAAACGUGGCAAAUUCUUUAGUUUCAUGUCUUGAAAGAUUUUCUUACAAGUAAAUAGGAUAUGAUAAGUAUAUUUAUUUUGAUUUUAUCGGAAACAUUACUAGAUAUUGUUUAGUUAUCUCCAUAUCUUACAUCUGAUAUUAGUUUAAAUCUUUAUUGAUCUUACUCGUUAAAUGCUCUGAGGGACCGAUUUGCUGAUUCUGCUUAAGACAUUUAAGAAGCCAGAUACCUUCCAUGAGCGACAGCUACCGUAUCUUAUAAUUAACUGUUUAUCUUUCUGUAAUGCUAUAUGCAGUUUUGAUAUCUCACUCAAGCACGACAAUGUCUUUCCUAUACUGCAUAAUCAGACACCGUUUAUCACAAUUUGUACCUAGAUGUGCUUGGGCUAAGAUAAUAGAGAUACGGAUAUAUGGAAUGACUGCACAAUUGUAUACAAUGAGGUCCAGUCCAAGUGAUUGUCACUAAACGAUAUCAAUGUAGCAUAGUCUAACAUAGCAUUUUGGAUGUAUAUCUAUUAUCUAUACAAUUCUAUCGACUCCAACCGCAAAACUACAUACGAGCUUCCAAGAUGUACAUGUGUUUUAUGUACCCAAAAUGCCAAGCCAACAAUUUGCGUUUGAAGAGAUCAGCGAAAAUAAUGAUACAUCAAAGUUGACUUUCAAUAUAAAUGAUAACACGAUUUUUUCAUGUGAAAUGCAUAUUUUGCAAAUACGUGUAACAUACAUCUCUCUUGACUAUUCGCAUGUAUACUUAUAUGUGAUUUUGAAAGAAUGUACUUUGCCAAAUUAUAGAUUCAUAUUCUCAAUAUAUUUUCGAAACAUAGUUGUCCGUAGAAAUAUCAGAUAUAUUCAAACGUAUACAUAUCAUAUCCACUGAUCUCUCGAUAUUAACCGAGACGAUAGAUGGCUAUGCGUUUUAUCAUUUGAUCAAAUCGAAUGUCACACAGUACAAGUUAGAUUUACUUGGUAACGGACUUGCAGUUCUGAGUGUGCACUCUGAACAUGAUCGCAAUUCAAAUUCUACGUUAAACUGAACGUUUGAAAAGUAUUGUAUGACAAUAUCUCUGAAAUUAAAUAAUAUCAUACUAAUUUUUAUACAUAAAAAUUGUAAAAAGAUUUUUACAAUUUCAAAAUUUUGUUAUAAUCACUUUUUUAAAAAUUCGUAUACAUAUAAUACUAUGCGAUUUCAAGAUCAAAGGAUAAUUCUUGAAUUACGCUGUCUGAUCGCAAAAUAUGACUAUGUAUAUCAUCACAAAAUAUGAUGAUUUUGAAAUAUAGUUAUGUGUGUGAAAUGUGGAAAAAAGAAUAUUGAUUAUAAUUCUUAUAUUUCAAUUAAUCUGUUUUUACAAAAAUAUUUUAAAUUUCGAUAAUUGUUCAAGUGAUAGAAUAUUGAAUAUAUAUCUCUAAAUAGAGCGGGUACUUCAAAAUGGCUGAUUUCAUUAAGAUAUCGAGAAUAAUAUAUCUCAGAAGUAAUUUGAGAUUUACUUGAUUAUAUAAUAUACUGGUCAUUCAAAUUCAAGAAGCCAACGGAAGAAUAAUUUUAAUUAUGAAUUAGAGAGAUAUAUGAAAAUUAAAUUAUAGGAAAAAUAUUUAUCAGAAAUGUUAUUAAUCUUAAAUCUUUUAUUUUAAAAAGCAAAGUUUAUUACUUUCUUGCAUUGAAUGAUCGAUAUGCUAUUCUAAUUGUUAUCCUCCUUAUUAUUUCGGAAAAGAUUCAGCCGUGUAAUUCACGAACAUGCGAUUGAUAUGUUUUAAUUGUAUUCCAAUAUCUUCCUUUGUAUAUUAUACCAUCUGAUAUAAUAAUUUAUUUAUUAAGACGAUUCAACAUAUAACUUUUACGAUAUUCGAAUUCGAUUAAAUAGAGUCUGUAUUUGCGAUAAGUACUAAAAAAGAACCAUAUUAUAAACUAAUAUCCUAAAGUAAGUACAAGUAUAUCUGAUAAAAAAAUGGAGACAUAUUUAUUAUUGAGAGCGUGUAUACAUGCUCGCAUCUACGAUUUACAUGAAAAAGGUUGGCUUGGCUUCUUUCAGACUCAGUAUUAGAUUUUGAGAAUAAUGGAGAAAAAAGAAUGGUCGCGAAAAAGCUUGUACGGCUUCUAGAUGGUUUUAUACCAGUUUAUGUUUUUUAUGCAGACGAAUCGGCGUUUGACACUCGAUUUCAGGAGAUGUUUCCGAAGAAAUUCUUUGCUCUAGCUCCCUCUCCCAGUUCCAUAUUUUUGGUAAUUUAGAUGAUAUUUGUGGUAAUUUAGAUGAUUUAAAUUUUAUACACACGCGCAUUGUGUAAACGAUGACACAAAUACCUGGCAAUAUAGUAUUUUAUAUGUAUUAUAGAUCUUUAAGAUUUUAUAAAUGUUCUUCCCCGCGCGCGCAAGAAAGAAAGAGAAUGAAAGAGAGAGAGAGAGAGAGAAAAUAAUUCAUCAUCUUUAUGCACGCAUAAAAUGUCAUGUGCUUCUUUGAGCUGCGGCUGCUUCAACAAAUCAUCUGUGGUUUGAGCAACUUUAUCAUGAAAACUUUUAAUUGAAUCCAACCGCAUUGGGCUUUUUUGCCUAUCGAUAUCAGACAAUGGGACCGGAAUGAUAAUUUUAUAGCGUAUGUUAUAAGUAUAUACUUGAGAAAGGUAGCAAACGGAUUUUAUGCCAACGAGUUUUGUCAGUGUCAUCGUUACAUUUUUUCUGAUUCUGUGAAUUCUGUUAAACUAUUGAUGAGAAUAUAUAAUUUUUAUUUAUUGUAAAUAAAAGAAAGAACAUUGCUGAAAGAGCGUUUUAUAUAUUAUGCAUUCUCUGAAUUAAUACAUAAAUACACAUAGAUUUUAUCAAGU